AUGUGUUGGCUUCAAUCAGGCCUUAUUAAGAAAGAGUCUCCAUCGCCUACAGUCUCGUCGUCAAUUGCCAAUAUAUUUACGUUAAAUACAAGUGAUUUAAACUGUCUUAAAUGUCAAAUAUGUCAGGAUACAAUAAUUCAACCUACACAAUUACCAUGCAGACAUACAUUUUGCAUGAAAUGUAUAAAGAAUCAAUUAAAAACCAAAUCAAAUUCAUGGACAACGAGUAUGUAUACACGUUUUUCGGCAACAUCAUUAACAACAAAUUGUCAUACAAAUUUACCAUCAUUAUCGUAUUUCAAAUGUGUAACAUGUUUCAAAUUACAUAAAAUUCAAUCUAUAGAAGAUUUAAAAGAAAAUUCAUCAUUAGCUCUACUAAUUAAUACUUUAUGUUGUGAUGUAUGUCAUCAAAUUAGUGAAUUUCAACAAUUAGAUACAUGUUUACAUUGUUACGGAGUACUAUGUCCACAAUGUUAUGAGAAACAUCAAACAUCUGAUUUUCAUGCACUUACACCAAAACGAAAGGUCACAUUUGAGUUUCUUUUAAACAAUCAACAAUCAUCAUCCAUUCUUUAUCAGAUACCAUCGUUAAAUGAAAAUUUUAAAGAUGGUCAACAGAAACAAUUACGAAAACGACAGAGUGAAACAACAGAAGAAAAUGAUGUUAUUCAUCAAAGAAUUUUAACCGAAAAACGAAUGAAUAUUAUUCAACAAACUGAAUACAAAAAAAUACUGAUGAUGCCAACAAUCAUUACUACAAAUGACAAUCAAUUACUUCAUCAUUCUGUUCCAAAUGAUGAAAAUGACAAUCAAUUACUUCAUCAUUCUGUUCCAAAUGAUGAAAAUGACAAUCAAUUAAUUGUUAAAAAUCAACGUGUAUCAUUAAAAAAACCUUUAUCAAAAUUAAGUGGAUAUGUACGUCAUGAUUCAUUAUCACCACUAGCCAGUCUAAACAAUAGUCCUAAAGUGGCAAGAAAACCGAAGAGAACAUUGUCAUUAAAAAAUUUUUGUAAUAAUUUAGAAUUACCAAAAAUAAUUGUUCAAGAUUCUUCAAAUAAAUUACCAGAAAUAGAAACGUUGACUCCAACCACUCCAGUUCGAACAUUUUUAAAUUUAAAUGAUCAUUACAAAUUAACAUGUGAUCAUAUUGAAAGAUGUAAACAACGAAUACAAGAAUUAGAUUUAUGUGUUAAAAAAUUAAUUGAAAUUUAUAAACAAAAAAUUGAUGAAAAUCAAAAAAAUAUUGAUUUUUAUUGGAAUUUAUUAAAACAGACAAUUUUAGCACAAAUAAAACAUCAAUCAUGUACAAUAUCAACGAAAGAAUUAUUAAAAUAUUUAAUGUGUUGUCAUCAUUCUAAUUCAAAUACUACAAAUCUUUCGUCAUUUUCCAAAAUAAUUUAUAAACAACAGUUAUUACGUACAUAUUUAAAAAAUAAUGAUGAAAUAAAUGCUGCAUUGCAAGUAUUUUAUACUAAUCUAGUUAUUCUUCUACAUCAAACACCAUCUCAAACUUCGAUUAAUAUAAAUAAUUCAUAUAAUUUAAUAAAUCAAUUAUUCGAACGUGAAGAACAAACAACAUUAAAAUCCAUACGAAAAGAGUCUGCACAAACAUUAGGAAUUUAUGCUCAAGAAUUAGAAAAACUUCAGAUACAAGUAGAAACACAAAGUGAUGACUUUUUAAAAUGGAAAAAUUCAAAUAUUAUAGAGUUAGAUGAGAUAAAAGAACAAUGGUCAAUUUCCGUUGAUGUAACGUAUCCAAAAUUGAUCGAAAAAAUUUCAACUGAUUUUAUUCAAAUACAAACACAAGAUGAAACUAUUGUGACCAUGUUAAAACAUAUAAAACAAAGAAUAAAAGAGAAUAUUCAACAACAACAAAAACAACAACAGCAACAACCAAGAAUUCUUAAGAGUGAUAAUGAGUGUUAG